GUGGGACUGCAGAGGACAUUCUGACACUGGUGGGGAACAAACUUGGUGUUGCUGACAUCCCCAGUGACACCAAUACAGUGAUCAGUGCUAAAAAAAAAGCACUGACACUGUACUAAUGGCAGUGGGAAGUAAGGGGUUAAUGUGAGGGGAAAUCAAAGGGUUAACUAUGUGCUGGGAGUGUUCUACUAGGGGGAAGGGGGGUGUGUGCUUUACUGUAAGCCCACUGAUCAGGAUGGCUGUGCUGUGCACAGACAUCCCGAGCAGUGUGCUUGAGCUGACUGCAACUGGGAGGAAGACUGUUUGUAAAGUGAUUGUUGAUACCCCCGUCGGAGAUACUUGGCGAUCACCAGGUGUCGGCGAGUAAUCACAGGCCGGCACCGGUGAUUGACA